CUCCUUGCUGUUCCUCAAUUCUCUCGAUUUCAGUACAUGGGUUGUCCUCCGCUGAUGCUCUAGUCGUAUCUUUGCCUCCUCCUUGGUUUCUGUCUUGUUCUGUUCGAUUGAUUGAUUUUCUCAUCUGGGUCUCUUUCGAAAUGGGCAAAAAUCAAGCUUACAAGGCUAUGCAGAGAUCCAGGCUCGGCUCCAGCUCUGCCGGCCCCGAUGAGGUCGAAGACGGCAUGGUGGAUGGUUCAUUUCAUUCACCAGAGUGGCAUGCUGCUCGUUUGGCUAGCCUCAAAACUUCUCAUACAAUUACCUGGGAGGAGUAUAAACAGAAGCAAAAGGAAGAUGAAAUUAGAAAGGGAGAACUGGAGAAGGAUACUGAUAGAAUGAUGAGAGAAUACAGAGCUCAACUGGAUGCCGAAAGGGCUCGCAAGCUUGCCAAUGGAAGAAACCACUCUAGUAGUAAGUCCGAUCGCAAAAAAGAUAAGAAGGACAAAGAUUUAAAGAAACGCAGCAGCAGCAGCAGGAAGAGAAAGCAUUCAAGAAGGAGAUCUUCAGAGUCUAGCUCCUCGAGCUCAUCUUCAGAUUCUUCCGGUAGUGAAGACGAAGACCGAGAAUCGAGACGAUCCAAGUCCAGGUCCAAGAGAACAAAGAAGGAAAAGAAGCACAGGUCAAAGACCAAACACUCGGGCAGUGACGAUGACGAGGCUGAUGGUCCCGUGCCACUUUCAAGAUUCUUCGGGAAUGUGAAGACCUAACGGGAUUAUAUGAUGAGCUAUUGUCGUGUAUCUUCCUACAAUGGGAGAUUAGUUUGAGAUGAGUUUGUUCUUUAUUGUUUUGUCAACAUGAUAUAUUUAGUUGCCUUAGCAGUUAGCUCUGAUGAGGUUACUUUCUUUGGUAAAGUUUCGUUUUAUUCAUCUCAUUCGGUACCAAUCAAUUGUACGAAAAGAAUUCAUGUAACUCUUUCUAUUAGUAGAAUUGAUGUGAGCAAAAAUGGAGGCAUUUUGAACUCU